GUGACCCAUGGGUUGAGAACCGCUGGACUAGGUGACCUUGUGAGGUCUCUUCCAGCCCAACUUUCCUAUGACCCCUACGAUCACUGUAGUAGCUGUGCCGACAUGGCCUGUAGGUCAUCGUAGGAAGGCAGCAGCUGCUGAAGGAGUUGUGGCAUGCAGUGGAAGGCAUGAGAGUGUUUCCUUGUCCUUCCUGCAACUCCCCCCCCCCCGCCUUCCACCAGCUCCAGGCCGUAGCAGAAGUCUUUCUUCAGUUGGAGCAGUGUUGCAACAGCUGGAACAGGGAAGGGACUCUGCUGCUGUAACUGAGCUCUGCUGCAUCUGAGAAUUUUGCUCAGUCGCCCCCCUGUGCCUUGCUUCACUUGCUGUGCCCGGUGUCCUGUAAUCGGAGAGCUGAGGGGAUUGUAUUACAUUCAAAAGCUUGUCUGACUUUAUCCCAGCUACAGAGUUGUUCCAAUAAAAGAUAUCAUCCUAAGAAAUCCUGGCCUUUUGAGUGGAACUGUGAAAGUGUAAACAAGGCUCUUUUGCCUGCUGUUGGAAUCUGAUUCUUCUCCUGUGCUCUCGUGUGUGUUCCAAGGCUUCCAGCUUCAAGAAAUCUGCAUUAGGGGGAGCAGCCCAGAGAAAGAAGACGGGUCCCAAACUCGAACUUACUGAAGACCAAAAGCAGGAGAUCCGAGAAGCAUUUGAUCUGUUUGAUACCGAUGGCACUGGGAACAUAGAUGUGAAAGAGCUAAAGGUGGCCAUGAGAGCACUAGGGUUUGAACCCAAGAAAGAAGAGAUCAAGAAAAUGAUAUCAGACAUUGAUAAGGAAGGAACAGGAAAAAUCAGCUUCAAUGACUUUCUGGCAGUGAUGACUCAAAAAAUGGCUGAGAAAGAUUCUAAAGAGGAGAUUCUGAAAGCCUUCAAACUGUUUGAUGAUGAUGAGACUGGCAAAAUCUCUUUCAAGAAUCUUAAGCGUGUAGCCAAAGAGCUCGGGGAAAAUCUCACGGAUGAGGAACUGCAGGAAAUGAUCGAUGAAGCAGAUAGAGAUGGAGAUGGGGAAGUGAAUGAGCAGGAAUUUCUGCGGAUCAUGAAGAAGACCAGCCUUUACUGAUACAUUUCUUUUUUGCUUUUUUACACUUAUUUGCAAAUACAUAUGGUAUGUGCCUCUUUUCUGCCUCUGUCACUUCUUCAGGGACAAGCAAAAUGUCAGGUCAUUUGAGUGGCUGAUCUUUAAGUUUACUUUGUGAAUUGUUUCCAGCUACUACAAUGAAACUGAAACCCUGAAACCAUUUUCACUGAGGACAAACAUUGCUUAUUUGUUCUUUUUGGUUUUCCCAUGCAGUUAGGCUUCAAGUGUAAAAUUCAUAUUUGCAGUGGUGAAAUCUAGAGCCUCAUCUGAUUUUAAAACAGCACCUAAAGCAUAUUGUAUUUGCUCAUGGCAUUCUAAACAGAAGAGAGGGCUUUAAUGCCAGAAAGUGCCAAUCCAUACUUUCCUGUACAUUAGGGGAUUUUUGGAUCCAAGGUUUUUGUUUGGGUCCAGUUAAAGCAAAUUCUGCAUCUGGCAGACUUGCAGGGAUCAGCUUUUUUACUCUGUCCAAACAACACUGUGUGUGUGUGUGUGUGUGUUAUAACAACUGAUUCUUCCCCCAUUUUUAUUAUACUGCUGAAAAAAUGUAAGUGAAUAGAUUGCUACAAGUCAGCCUAUUGCUGUCUAUGGAAGUUUAUCUUUGAGUAAUCUGCCCUUAGUAUGAAGAGGGAAAAGAUAAUUUACAGCUGUUAAUAAUGACCAAAGCAUUGUUUGUUCUUGGGACCACUAAGUGGGUGCAGAAUGUAAGAUUUUUAUUUAAAACUUUGUUUUUAGCCAUUAUGGUUGUGGAAAUAAAUGUACAAGAAUGCAAACAUUACCAGAGUUGACUUCUUAAAUAUGUAAACAACAUUAAUUAUUCCAAAUAUUUUUGAAAGUGUCUUGACAUUUAGACUUAACAAUAGAUGGGUUCACAGGUAUUACCUGUUUCCCAUCAGACACAGAAUCUACAGAAAUGUGCUUAUCCAUUUUGGGUAGAGGUGCAAUAUAAAAUCACAGGCAUGGAAGGGACCUCUAGGAUCAUCUGGUCUGCUUCCAUUCAGAAAUGUAGGAAUGCUAUUCCUCUAUCAAAUGACCAGUCAGAUGGUACGUAAAUGGAAAUAGGACCCUGUAUCUACUGCCCACUCCAUGUGUGAAGUUCUAAAACUCAAAAAUCCCUCAACUCUUUCCACCAGAAGAAGAGAGGGGAGAUUCAUUUCUUUCCUUCUAAAAUUCCAGCGGCUACCUGACUGUCCACGUUCUCUCUGUCCCUAUGCUUUCCUCAAGUCAAUACUGUAGAACCCAGUCAAAUUAUUAGAUUUGGUUCCCUAAACCCUGUGGAAAUGAAGGUUUGCAAACUAACUCUGGAGAUAUACAACUGCAGGAUUGCUGCCCUGCUUCUGAUUGCUGGAUCUUUUACUUUAAAGUAUUGGUUAUCAGCGCCGCUCGUGGGCUGAUGUGCCACAGCUGUGUGAAAUGGCCCUUCCUUUGCUUGUGAACCCACUGUUAGGAACCAUCUGGAUGAGAACGAUUAAAGUUCUGUUGAACAUGCCACUGCCACACUGAUUUUUAUACCUUUACAUUCUACCAACAUGGGGGAGUGGAAAACUCAAUUUAAUAUAAAAAUAAAAUUACACAAGGAAUACUGCACCUGGCAUAUCUUUUGAGGUUUUUUUGUUUUGUUUUUUUUUUUUAAUCAGCUUGUCUCUGCCUUGGAUUGGAACAUAUCAUAAUUAGAGUCUAGACAGUUAAUAAGAAUAUGAUGUAUUAUAGUGUCUGGUGCCCUCCUGUGGCAAGAGAUCCUACUUACAGGGGAGAGUUUAAAAUGUUAUGGGAUUUCUUAGGUCCCUGCUACAUGUUCAAAUUAAAGCUGGAUAGAAACCAGCUGUAGAGUUGUUGCACACUUUUGAGCACUAACUUUAUAGCUGGCUGGGUUUUUUAUAGCUGGAUAGUCAUUUUUACAGUGUAAUAAUUACCUUGUAUGUAUGGCUUAUCUAAAUUUAUUGUGCAGUUAACCAGUAGACAUAAUACAUGCAACAUGUAGCAGGGGCCUUAGAGUGAUCUCUUUUACUGGACAAACUGUUGCAUUAAAAAAAAAAAAAAGACACACUUUUGAAUGCAAGGCACUCUUUAGACCUAAGGUAGAAUGCAUUUGAAAGUUUGUUAUCUCACCUACACCUAUCUCACCUAGUUGGUCUAAUAAAGAAUAUUACCCUAAGAA